UUAGCAAACAAGUUAAAUAAAGUUAAUUCUGUGAGUAGCAUAGUUAGUGUGAAGUAACUGUCAGACCGCUCAUUUGAUGCCAAUGUAAAGGAAAACAACUGGGCUGAAGCCCGUGUUUGACUGCUUGCAGGCGUGGUUGUGACUUGCGAGAAGAUCCAUGGCAAACUGAAAUAAUGACUGACCCGCAGAGAAGCACGAGGAACUCAACAGAUUUGAAAAAUGAGGAUGGCUAUGAAAUCUCUAUUCCCUUUGAAGACAAUAAUAUGGGACAGACUGUUUUUUACAACCAGAAUGAUCAUGUGUUUGAUGCAGAGACGGCUUCAGGCCAUGCUACUCCCUGCAAUCCAUACCUCCUGAUGUCCAACCUUCGUGCGCAGCUGCAGAUCGCUCUGGAGAAGAACUCCUGGUUGCAGAAGCGCAUUGAGGACCUGGAAGAGGAAAGGGACUUCCUGCGCUGUCAGCUGGACCGGUUCAUCUUCACUACCAAGAGUCAGGAGAGGAGUGACCAUCAACCUGAGGUUCCACAGCAACGCACUCCCAAGAAAACCAUCCCUCGCAGGGCCUCGACCCCAUCUCCAACACCCAUGAUGACCCGCUCUGGCCAAGUCCCCACACGCAACCUCAACCAAAAGCGAAGGAGAGUAAGAAACAGCAGUGUCCAAGACGAGGAUGAGGAGGAGGUAAUAGAGGAGGAAGAGUACCUGGAGGAGGAUGGCUACCUUGAAGAGGAGCAGAUUGUAUCGGAUGAUGAGUCUGACAGCAAAAGCUCCAAAAGAAGCAAGUUGAGUAGCAGGUCAAACGGUGGGCAGACAAGAGUGAAGCGAACCCGGGUGUUCCGCAUUGCACGCAGCAUGGAAAGACAAAGAGUAAAAGAUCCUGCUGGAGUUCUGCAUCGCUACAAGAAGAUUCUGGUCACUUACCAGAAACUGAAGAGCAUGUCCAGAGCCUUCCAGGUUCACGGGGUUGACCGUAACACUGUGGCUUCCACCACUCCCAUCGCUGAGCUGCUGCUGGUUGCCCCUGAGAAAGUGGCAGAGGUUGGAGAGUUCGAUUCCUCCAAGGAGAAGCUUCUGGACUACGCACGGCGCUGUUACAAGGCCCUCGAUGAGACUGCUCACGCCAAGGUCCAGGCUUGGAAGAAAAGCAGCCUCCUAUUGCCCAUCUCCUACAGAUUCAGGAACUGAUUCACCAAAAACCUCUUAAACUCACUGAAGCGAGUGAUAAGAGGAGAAGCCAUCCAUGUUGUCAAAACAAGCAGCUAUGCUGGGUUUAUAUUUUUUUUCUACCUCACCUGUUCAUUAUUUGGACGAAAAUACAUUAAAGUCCAAGGUUUGUGGCAUUUCUUCUGAUUGAUCAUCACAUGCUUGUGAUGGUGAUUUAUGUGAUUACUGGAAUGUUUGUUUGUGAUUACUAAUGGUUUGGUUGUAGGAGCGAUGGAAGGUGGUUUGUCAUUUGUAAUAGUUUGAGUGCACCAGUGUCCAUGUAAGACAGCAUGAGGGUGUAAAGCUGAAGAAUAAAACUGAGCACUGAUAGAAUUUUAGGGUGUGGGGAGCAGAAGCAGGAAAAUGAUAGAGAACAUAAAAAAAUGAGUUUAAAGACUUGUGAAGAAAGCAGUCUGUCAUUGUAUUUAAGGGCUAUCUAUAUUUUUGUACAUCUUUAUUAUUAUUAUUUGGAAAAAAUGUUACUGCUGCCUUCCUCACUCCCCAAUGGAGUGCAUGUUCUUUUUUUCCCUAGCACUUGUUAAUCUUUCUGAUUUACAUUUAUGAAGUUAAAUUAUUAAAUUACGUUCCUGUCUUAAGUCUGAAGCCAAGAUGAGAUGGGGUCAAAAAGAUUUGUUUUGAAUUAUUACCUGCUGUCAGGAGAUCCACUGGAAAAUAUGGCCAGAAAGCACUUAGAAAUAACACUAAAAAAAGCAGUAGUUCACGGUAGAAGCUAGUAGAGGUAAUCAACGCUGUCCAGCUUUUUCAGUUAAUAGUAGUUUGAGAGUGUGUGUUGUUGACUGUAUGUAGUUUAAUACCUCUAGAAAACAUACUGGCUUACUUCUCAUAGUAUUUUCCACUCUUGGUAGCUUGACUUUAAUACUAAAGUUCAGUCCUGUGCAGCCCAUCCAUGUAAACACCAGUUAUGUGGUUAUGCUCAGGAAUAGUAUUUGCUAACUGAAUGUUAUUACACAUCAGUAAAAACUGUAACUCUGUGCUGCCUUAUUAUAUUACUGAAGUCUUAAUACACUGUGUUGAUAAGUCAAUGUUUAUCUGAGCACCUUUUUUGUAAAUUGGAUUGAAAUGUCCUGAGAGAUUAUCUUUUGGUUUUGUUCUUUCUACUUUUUUCCAGGUACUAAUAGUUCUUAAUGGAGAACUCCACUGAUUUUUCAGAAUUUCUGCUUAAUUAAACGGUUGAGAUGCAAAGGUUGGUGUAAAAUGCUGAGUUGUAGAGAAACUCGGAGUCAGAAUUAUUCACAGUGGGGGUGAUGGGAGCCAGACGUCCACCUCUAAAAGCUCCCUCACAGAAAGGUAUUAGAUGAAGUGGUUAUGAAUACUCAGCCUGAUGUCUGAGACUUUUUGUUUUAUGGUUGUUUGGUGGUAAUGUUUUUGCCUAAAAUGUAAUUCAAUCAAUAUAUUGUAAACUAUUCAUGGUGGAGGGAUACGUGAAGGGUUUUCUAAGGUAAAAUAGUCCCGGUUAUUUUUUUUUUUUUCUGAUUUACUAGUAUUUUA